AUACACACAUUCACUCAGGUGCGUCAUACUGUGUGCGAAGCUGGUGGUGAAAAUUCAGUCCGACUGGCUGGCUCGAUCAAUAUUUUGCAUUUCCUCCGCGACUGCAAUCAAAAGUGUUCCCCGUGAAGGGUUUUCCGCAAACGCACGGAAAGGCAAGCAGUGAGCAACGAUGGCUGCUAUAAUAAGCCAGGCCAUGCCCGAUACGGUGGACGGGGCCGAGAUACCCAAGUCGAAACGACCUUCAGAUUCCGCGUUCAAGCAGCAGCGGCUUCCGGCCUGGCAGCCCGUCCUGACCGCUGGCACGGUACUGCCAGCCUUUUUCCUCAUCGGCGUGCUGUUCAUACCGAUCGGUGUGCUGCUGCUGCUGUCGUCCAAUUCCAUUAACGAGUUCGUGUACGACUACACGCACUGCAUGCCGGACACGGGCAACCAGAGCUGCGCGGAGCUGAUCAGCGCCGCCCCGGGCACGAGCUGCGCCUGCACGAUCCACUUCGAGCUGGAGAAGGACUUCCACGACAAGGUGUACCUGUACUACGGGCUGACGAACUACUACCAGAACCACCGGCGGUACGUGAAGUCGCGCGACGACGACCAGCUGCUCGGGCGCCUCUCGCCCAUCCCGUCCAGCGACUGUGCGCCGUUCGCGUACGCGGACGACGACGAGCGCGUCCCGAUCGCGCCGUGCGGUGCCAUCGCCAACUCGCUGUUCAGCGACAAGUUCGAGCUGUUCUCGCAGACGCUCGGCACGCCGGUGCCGCUGCUGCAGACGGAGAUCGCGUGGCCGUCCGACCGGCAGAUCAAGUUCCGCAACCCGGACGGCGACCUGCGCGAGGCGCUGCGCGGCUUCAGCCGCCCGAAGGCGUGGACCCGCGAGCUGUGGGAGCUGGACGAGACGAACAAGGACAACAACGGCUUCCAGAACGAGGACCUGAUCGUGUGGAUGCGGACGGCCGCGCUGCCCACGUUCCGCAAGCUGCACCGGCGGAUCGACCACUCGCACGAGCACUUCCGGGAGGGGCUGAUGAGCGGCAACUACACGCUCACGGUGAAGUACUCGUAUUCGGUGAUUGAGUUCGAGGGCACGAAGAAGUUCAUCCUGUCGACGACCUCGAUUCUGGGCGGCAAGAACCCGUUCCUCGGCUUCGCCUACAUCGUGGUCGGUAGCGUCUGUCUCCUGCUCGGCUGCGUGCUGCUCAUCAUCCAUCUGAAGUGCAGCAAAUCUAACGGCGGCAUCAGCAGCGUACAUCAACGGUCCUCCUCGCGCCCAUAGGAGUUACUGUGCCUGACCGGGGAAGUGAGCGACUCGUUGGGGCUUUGAGUAUUAAUUUAUUGGCCUUCGUCUUUUAUUGGAUUCCACGUUUGAUUGUUGUUACAUUUUUUUUCCAAUUGCGGAUGGGCAGCAGUAGGUUGGUUGUGUUUAGUAACAGUAUCAGUUUUGAAAUGGUGACCGAAUAGUGACGACAAAUACGGCGGAAGCUAGGACAAUUACAUUACGGAGGGGGGUUAAAAGUUGGGUGGGAAUUUGUUUCGUUUUUUGGGAGGGUUUUUUUUUAUAGAACAAUAGAAUCGCUAGCAUUUUGCACUUGAUUCGAUCAUUACCUUGCCACUAUUUAUCUAUCUAUCUCUCUAUGCAAGAAGCAGCGGUGUUCUAAAGGGCGUUGUUUGAAGAAGUAAUCGCAGGGACGAAUGACAGGCAGCAGCGUUAGUGUACAGCUUCCGCACCAACAUUACACCUACGGGAUAAUCUAAAACGCGUUCUUUGCACGUUUUUCUUCACCAAUUAGGCCCCGAAUCAAAUAUAGGGGAUUUGAGGAUAGUAAAAACAAACAAACAAAACAAAAACAAACAAAUACAUACAUAGUAUACAGUAUAGUAUUCUAAUAAGUGUCCUUACAGCACGUGUCGGUGUAUUUAAAUAUAAUUAAAGUUGAACGUAAGGGGAAAGUGUUGCACGCGUUUCGGUAAUAGCUGCCCCCCCCCCAGACCCUCCCAUCUUUCCCCUCAUCACCCAAUUUUUGUGUUUGUUGCGUUACUUCAGGAACAGUGUACGUGUGUACGAAUUGUUGAUCAUCAAAUGUUACCAAAACUAGAGAAGAAUAGUGAUACCCCGUCGCUUACCGCCUAGCGCCUCGGAUCGAAAGGCGCACUGUAGGGCCCUGCCUGUGUAUAACGCGCCUAGCUGCAGCAUGCAGCAGAA